GCUAACUUGACUAGCUGGUUUCCUGUUCACAGCAGCAGCACGCACACACCAAACAUUCUCUAAACACUUUAUUUAAUCACAUCUGUAGCUGUAACCAUGAUGCAAUUCAUUGUUGGCUUUACUUUAGGGAAUGUGGUUGGGAUGUACUUAGCACAGAACUAUGAGGUUCCUAACAUCGCAAAGAAAAUCGAGGCCUUUAAAAAAGACGUGGAGGCGAAGAAAAAGCCUCCAGAGUGAAGCGGUUGCCGAUGAUGUCUUCUGAUGAUGUUGAUGACACUUUGUUGACACUUUGUUAAUUUAAAAAAAUCAAUAAUAAUAAUUUUAGGUCAUGUUGUGAUGAUGAGGCCCAAGAUGAUUCUCCAUAAGAUGAGUUAAAGUUAAGUUAAGGAUUUAAUUGUAUAUACAUACAAACACAUGCUGGAUGUAGUCUCCUGCAGGUUUCUUACAGAUCUGUAUGAAUGUGGACCAGAUUGAAACCUGAAAGGACCCUGAGUUUUUAGAAUUUGGGGUCAAAUUUGUGUAUAAAGAAAAUCUAAGUGCACUUUAUGAACCCGAAAAGGUUUGAAAAGUUUACGUUUCAGCGAGACUUGAUAUUUUAAGCUAUAUACCAAUAGCAGCCCAGAAGUUCAUAGUUCUUCAGGUUUUUUAAAACACUUCUGGUGAAAUACAGUAGAUAAUUAGUGCAAGUAUAUUUACUGCACAAAUGCAAACUGGAAAUUGUAGUUAUUGUGUAAUCAUGACUUGAGAAUAAAUGUCAGUUCUGGGGAUUAA